CCCAAGUCCCGCCUCCCAAGUAUACCACCACUUCUGGCCUCAAUUUGGACUUUGGUGGUACUCUUACUUUGGGCUGUGGUUGGUUUCUUAUUUGGGGUGAGUAGAUGUUUGUUCAUGUCUCCCCAAGAAUAGUGUCACAAAAAGUAGGACAAUCUUAAACUGUUCAGAAUGAAAUACCGCUUAUGGGGUCCUGACUAACCAUGUUAAAACAAUACAGAGCCUUAACUGGUAGCUUCCUGACUGUGCAAUUUGAGUUUUAGUUCCUCUAAUACUUUCUUGGUUUCUCAUUAAAGGGCUUGUGUGGGAUUCUAUGCCAAAACAAAAGAAUCAGAUGGGGAGAUAGUCAUCCCUAGGAUCUACCUAACUGAAGGAGGGAUCUGACCUCCACCACAUGCUUCAAUGAGGUGGCAUGUGUGCACCGCACCACAAGCACACACAAAAGAAAGAAAACACAAUAAAAUAUUUUUUUGAUAAAAGAAAGAGGAGCAUAAGGAUGAGGUGGGAGAGGAAGCUGUCUAGAUAUAUAGAAAGUUGGUGGAGGCUGCUGGUUCUUGGUUAUUGUGAUAUGAUUGUAAAAUAGCCCUUAUAGGCAGCUCAUGUGUUUGAAGUUCUGUUGUCCAGCUCCCAGAGUUGUUGGAGCAGUUUGUGGAACCUUUAAGAGGCGGAGCCUCGCUGGAGGAAGUGAGUCCUUGCAGGUUUAUAGCCUGGCCCAACUUCUUACUUUCUCUGCUUCUUUGCUGAGGAUACAAGAGGACCAGGAACCUCUGCUCCUCUACCACGUCUUCCUUGCCUCGUUGGAAUUUAUACCUUCAAACUAGGGACACAAAUUCUGAUAUGUGAAGUCCCAUCGCAGGAAGCCACCUGAGGAAGGAGCAGGACCCUGGCCAUACUGAAGAAAAUGGCCACUCAUGGGGAGGUCUCUGAGCAAGUUCCCAAGUUUGAUGAUGAGUUUCUCCCUGAGCUCUCUGCUCUUCUUGGUGUGGAUGCAGCUCAGCUCACCAAGAGACAACAAGAAGAAGACCAUAAAGAACGAAUAAAAAUGAAGAAAGGUUUUAACUCGCACAUGCGCAGUGAAGCCAAGCGAUUAAAGACUUUCGUGACCUAUGACACAUUCAGAUCAUGGACACCACAGGAGAUGGCAGCCGCUGGGUUUUACUACACUGGGGUGAAAUUUGGUGUUCAGUGCUUCUGCUGUAGCUUAAUCCUCUUUGGCACCAACCUCAGGGAAGUUCCCUUAGAAAGUCACAAGAGAUUACGUCCAGAAUGUGAGUUCCUUUUGGGCAAAGACGUCGGUAACAUCGGCAAGUAUGACAUCAGGGUGAAGAGUCCCGAGAAGCUGAGAGGUGGCAAAGCAAGGUACCAAGAAGAGGAGGCCAGACUGGAGUCCUUUGAGAACUGGCCGUUUUAUGCCCAUGGGACAUCGCCCCGUGUGCUCUCAGCAGCUGGCUUUGUCUUUACAGGUAAAAGGGACACUGUGCAGUGUUUCUCCUGUGGUGGAUGCUUGGGAAACUGGGAAGAAGGAGACGAUCCUUGGAAGGAGCAUGCCAAGUGGUUCCCCAAGUGUGAAUUUCUUCAAAGUAAGAAAUCCUCAGAGGAAAUUGCCCAGUAUAUUAAAAGCUACGAGGGAUUUGUCCAUGUAACGGGAGAGCAUUUUGUCAAUUGCUGGGUCAGAAGAGAAUUACCUAUGGCAUCAGCUUACUGCAAUGACAGCGUCUUUGCUAAUGAAGAACUAAGGCUGGACACCUUUAAGGACUGGCCCCUUGAGUCCCCUGUGGCUGUUGAAGCUCUGGUCAGAGCAGGCCUUUUCUACACAGGCAAAAACGACACUGUCCGGUGCUUUUCCUGUGAAGGAUGUAUAUGGAAAUGGGAGGAAGGUGACGAUCCAUUAGAAGAGCACACCAAGUUUUUUCCCAACUGUGUUUUUCUCCAAAACCUGAAGUCCUCUGCAGAAGUGAUUCCUGACCUUCAGAGCCACUGUGCACUUCCAGAAGCCAUGAGCACCACAGAUGAAAGCGAUCAUGAGGAUCCAGUGGCCGUUCACUCUACGGUGGCCGACCUGGCUCAGAGUGCAGCCCAGUGGUUUCAAGAGGCAAAGAGUCUGAGUGAGCAGCUGAGAGGAGCCUACACCAAGGCCACUUUCCGCCACAUCAAUCUGCCAGAGGUGUGUUCCAGCCUCGGCACUGACCACUUGCUUGGUUGUGACCUGUCCAUGGUUUCAAAGCACAUCAGCAGGCCAGUGCAAGAGGCCUUGAUGCUUCCCGAGGUCCUCAGCAAUCUCAACUCCGUCAUGUGUGUGGAGGGGGAAACUGGCAGUGGGAAGACAACCUUCCUGAAGAAAACAGCUUUGCUCUGGGCAUCAGGAUGCUGUCCCCUGCUGAACAGGUUCCAGCUGCUCUUCUACAUCUCCCUUGGUUCCACCAGACCAGACCAGGGGCUGGCUGACGUCAUCUGUGCCCAACUCCUAGAGGCAGGAGGAUGCAUUAGUGAAGUGUGCCUGAGCAGCAUCAUCCGGCAGUUAAAACACCAGGUGCUGUUCCUGUUGGAUGACUAUCAUGGGAUGGACUCACUGCCCCAAGCCAUAGAAACCCUGAUUACAAGAAACUACUUGACCCGAACCUGCUUAUUGAUCACUGUCCAUACAAACAGGGCCAGGGACAUCCGCCCAUACCUAGAUACAAUUCUAGAGAUCAAAGAGUUUCCUUUCUAUAACACUAUCUCUGUAUUACGGAAGUUAUUCUCACAUGAUCUAACCCGUGUGGAAGAGUUUAUAGUUUACUUUGUAAAUAAUGAAGAUUUACAGGGAAUUAACAAAACUCCUCUCUUUAUGGCAGCAGUCUGUGCUGACUGGUUUCAAAAUCCUUCUGACCAGGCCUUUCAUGAUGUGGCAGCUUUCAAGUCCUAUAUGAAAUACCUUUCCUUAAAACACAAGGCUACACCUGAGCCUCUCAAGGCCACUGUGUCCUCAUGUGGCCAGCUGGCCUUGAGAGGUCUUUUUUCAUCUUGCUUUGAGUUCAGUAGUGAUGACCUCACAGAAGCAGGCAUUGAUGAAGAUGAAGAUCUGACCACCUGCUUGAUGAGCAAAUUCUCUGCCCAGAGACUGAGACCUGUCUAUCGGUUCUUGAGUCCUUUGUUCCAAGAAUUUCUUGCUGCCAUGAGGCUGACUGAGCUCCUGGGUUCAGAAAGGCAGGAAGACCAAGAUCUGGGACUUGGUUAUUUGAGACAAAUUAACUCACCCUUGAAGGCUAUAAACUCCUAUAACAUAUUUUUGAAGUAUGUCUGUAGCCAUCCUUCAUCAAAGGCAGGGCCAAAAAUUGUAUCUCAUUUGCUUCAGCUGGUGCAUGAUAAAGAGUCCCUGGAGAACAUGUCUGAAAAUGAGGAUUACAUGAAGCUCCAUCCAGAAACUUCCCUGUGGAUGCAGUUUGUUAGGGGGUUGUGGCUGGUAUCUCCUGAAGCUUUCUCUUCAUUCGUUUCAGAACAUCUAUUGAGCAUUGCUCUAAACUUUGCUUAUGAAAGCAACGUGGUGGCUGUAUGUUCUCCAUUUAUUUUGCAAUUCCUUCGAGGGAGAACACUGGCUUUGAAAGUACUGAAUUUUCAGUACUUUGGGGACCACCCAGAAAGCCUGUUACUGUUGAGGGGUGUAAAAUUUUCCAUAAAUGGAAAUAAAACAACAUCUUGUACAGAUUAUGCAUUCAAGACAUAUUUUGAAAAAAUGCAGCCACCAACUAUUGAUCAAGACUACACAUCUGCCUUUGAGCAUAUAAGUGAAUGGAAGAAAACUUCUAUCGCAUAUGAGGAGGCCAUAAAGAACCAUAUAAAUAUCCGACCCAGGGCCCUACCAGACAUCAGUGCUGGCUACUGGAAACUGUCCCCCAAGCCGUACAAGAUCCCUAGGCUGGAAGUUAGAGUGGCCAGCAUGGAUCCAGCAGACCAAGCACUGCUCGGGGUCCUAAUGGAAAUCUUCUCAGCAUCACAAAAUAUUGAGCUCCAUUUGAACCACAGCAGUGGCUUUCUUGAAAGCAUCCGCCCAGCUCUGGAGCUGAAUAAGACCUCUGUCACCAAGUGCUCCAUGUGCAGACUGGAGCUCAGCGCAGCAGAACAGGAACUGCUUCUCGGUCUGCCUGCCCUACAGUCUCUUGAGGUCUCAGAGACAAACCAGUUACCAGAUCAACUCUUCGCUAACUUGGACAAGUUCUCAAGCCUGAAAGAACUGUCUGUGGAACUAGAUGGCAUUCCAGAUGUGCUUUCAGUCAUCCCUGGAGAUUUUCCAGAUCUCCACCACAUGGAGAAGUUAUCCAUCCAAACUUCCACGGAGUCUGACCUCUCCAAACUGGUUGAAUUGAUCCAGAACUCUCCAAAUCUUCAAGUUUUCCACCUGAAAUGUGAUUUCUUUUCGAACUGUGAGCCUCUCAUGACUGUGCUUGCUUCCUGCAAGAAACUCAGAGAGAUUGAGUUUUCUGGACGAUGCUUUGAAGCCAUGCCAUUUGUCACUAUUUUGCCAAAUUUUGUUUCCCUGAAGAUACUGAAUCUUAAAUGCCAACAAUUUCCAGAUAAGGAAACAUCAGAAAAUUUUGCCCAGGCUCUGGGUUCUCUCAGGAACCUGGAGGAACUGCUCCUUCCCACUGGGGACGGGAUUCACCACGUGGCCAAACUGAUUGUCCGGCAGUGUCUGCAGCUUCGGUGUCUCCGAGUUCUUGCCUUUAAGGAGACCUUGGAUGACGACAGUGUGAUGGAAAUCGCCAAGGGAGCAACCAGUGGAGGUUUCCAGAAACUUGAGAACUUAGAUCUUUCAAUGAACCACAAGAUUACAGAGGAAGGGUACAGACAUUUCUUUCAAGCCCUGGACAACCUGCCAAACUUACAAGUGCUCAACAUCUGCAGGCGAAUCCCAGAAUCCAUCCAAGUUCAGGCCACCACUGUCAAGGCUCUGAGUCAGUGUGUGUCCCGACUGCCCAGCCUCACCAGGCUUGAGAUGCUCAGUUGGCUCCUGGAUGAAGAGGACAUGAAAGUGAUUAAUGCUAUGAAGGAGAGACACCCUCAGUCCAAACGCUUGACUGUCUUAUGGAAAUGCAUAGUGCCUUUCUCUCCUGUCGUUCAGAAGUAAAGGAUGCAGCCGAAUGCUACCAGUGGUUCUAGAAACCCAAUUUUCCAAUGCAUCUCACUCUAGCUGAGUGUGGUAUAAUGCCAGAAUUUAGGACACUGAGGCAGGAGAUAGAAGCGUGGGUUAUAUAGUAAGACCAUUCCUCCAAACCAGAACCAAUACCAAACCAUUUUACUAAUGAUUGCAUGUACAAGACUGCUCAUUAACUAUGGAAGGCUGAUAAUUUUUCCUUUAUUUUCAUUUUAUAUGAAUGGGUAUUUUUGCCUGCAUUUAUGUCUGUGCAUCACAUGGGUGUCUGGUGUCUGCAGAGGACCAAAAAGUGUAUUGAAUCCCCCAGGGUCUGGAGUUAUAGAUGGUUGAGGGUCUCCAUUUGGGUUCUGGGAACCAUACCUUUGUCUUACAAAAGCAACAAGUGCUCCUAAUCCCUGAAUCACCUCUCCAGCCCAAGUCCGAUGAUUUAUUAAAGCCUGCAUGCCCAUCAUUGAACUUAGGAGCUAUGAUGAACUAUUUUCAUAUGGUCCUUCUGUCUAAAGACUAGAGCUUCACUCAAGUUCAUUCCUAGAACCCUCCAUUGCCAAGGUCAACAGGAACGAGCAGGGAAGGGAGCAUUGAUCUAUGUAGAAGCCAUAAUAUGAAGGAGUAUUUGAUGAAGGUAAGAAAUGGCCAGUUGAAGGAUGAGUCAGUCCCACCCAUGAUGAAGCAUGAGUCAACUUUAGCACAGGAUGCAGAUGACUCUUUCCAGAGAUGCUCUUUAGUCUUUCUAGGGCUCCUGUAGAGUCACCAGCCUUGGUGUGGCCAUGCUUGCUCACACCAUCUCCCAUCCAUUGCCAAUGUGAGGAAGAAAGUGGGCUUAGAGAAAACUGCUUUUGUUCCAGAGGCUUUUGAGAGCUUUGCAUGUGAUGUAGUGGUCUCAUGGUUUUCUUAGGAAUCCACGGUACUUGGUAUAUAUGUUUCUCUCUAGUAAGGGCUUCUUGAUAUAUUCAUGUGGUAGUUUGAAUAGGAAUGGUCCCCAUAGGCUCAUCUAUUUGAAUGCUUGGUCAUCAGGGA